CCCUGGUGAGGGUGUCAGAUUGAAUGCUCUGUGCGCAUGUGCGAAGGUGUCCAAACUGACAAUGCUUGGGAGAUGAAGAUAGUGUGUAGCUGCUUCUGGGCUCAAGGAGGAGGAGAGGAAUCCACAAGCCGACACGAUGAGAUCCAAGGCGAGGGCGAGAAAACUGCCCAAAAGUGACAGCGAGAUUGUAAAUAAUAUGUACGAGACCGACCCUGAUCUCCUUGCUGGCGAAAGUGCAGAGGAGGAAACAGAGGACAGUAUUAUGUCCCCCAUCCCUGUCGGACCUCCAUCACCCUUUCCCACCAGCGAGGACUUCACUCCCAAGGAGGGCUCACCUUAUGAAGCUCCUGUCUACAUUCCUGAUGACAUUCCAAUCCCACCAGAUUUUGAACUCAGAGAAUCUUCGAUCCCAGGGGCAGGGCUAGGGAUUUGGGCCAAAAAGAAGAUUGAAGUUGGGGAAAGAUUUGGACCUUAUAUGACAGUACAAAGGAGCACAUUAAAGGAAACAAACUUUGGAUGGGAGCAAAUACUGACUGAUCCUGAGGUGACCCCCCAGGAGGGCAAUAUAAAAAAGAUUGCCGAUGACCUGGGAAAUGAGAAAUUCUGCAUUGAUGCUAGCCAGAGCGGAGCUGGGAACUGGCUGAAAUACAUCCGCGUGGCCUGUUCCUGUGACGAGCAGAACCUCGCCGUGUGUCACAUUAAUGACCAGAUCUAUUAUAAAGUUAUUAAAGAAAUUGAGCCAGGAGAAGAGCUCUUGGUGUAUUUGAAGGAAGGUGGUUAUUCACUUGGGAACAUGGCGCCCAGCAUGGAAGAGGAGCACACGUUUCGCUGCGAGGACUGUGACGAGCUUUUUCAGUCAAAGCUGGACCUGCGGCGACACAAGAAGUACGCCUGCAACUCCGUCGGCUCCCUCUACGAGACUCUGAACGAUGAGAUCAAGCAGGAGGGCCUUGGCGAUGGGCAGGUCUACGAGUGCAAAGACUGCGAGAGGAUGUUCCCCAACAAAUACAGCCUGGAGCAGCACAUGGUGAUCCACACCGAGGAGCGGGAGUACAAGUGCGACCAGUGCCCGAAGGCCUUCAACUGGAAAUCCAACCUGAUUCGUCACCAGAUGUCUCACGACAGCGGGAAGCGGUUUGAAUGUGAAAACUGUGUCAAGGUGUUUACCGACCCGAGCAACCUCCAGCGGCACAUCCGUUCCCAGCACGUUGGCGCGCGAGCCCAUGCCUGCCCCGACUGCGGCAAAACCUUUGCCACCUCGUCUGGCCUCAAACAACACAAGCACAUUCACAGUACUGUCAAACCUUUCAUAUGUGAGGUCUGUCACAAAUCCUACACGCAGUUCUCCAACCUCUGCCGUCACAAGCGGAUGCACGCGGACUGUCGCACCCAGAUCAAAUGCAAGGACUGUGGCCAAAUGUUCAGCACUACCUCCUCUCUCAACAAACACCGGCGCUUCUGCGAGGGCAAGAACCAUUACAGCCCUGGGGGAAUCUUUGCCCCAGGCCUCCCCUUAACGCCCACUUCCAUGAUGGACAAAUCCAAGCCCUCUCCCAACCUCAACCACGCCAGCCUGGGAUUUAAUGAUUAUUUUCCAUCCCGUCCCCACCCAGGGGGUCUUCCAUUCUCACCUGCCCCCCCAGCAUUUCCUGCCCUCACUCCAGGAUUCCCAGGGAUUUUCCCCCCGUCCCUAUACCCCAGGCCCCCCUUGUUACCACCCACACAACUGCUCAAAAGUCCCCUCAACCACGCUCAAGACGCAAAGCUUCCGAGCCCCCUUGGGAACCCGGCACUUCCUCUGAUUUCUGCAGUAAGCAGCAGCAACCAGGCCACUUCGGGAGAGGAGAAAUGUGAAAGCAGCCUGGAAAACUCCUACCUGGAGAAGCUAAAAGCCAGGAACAGUGACAUGUCCGACGGCAGUGACUUCGAGGAUGUCAAUACAACCACGGGCACAGAUCUGGAUACCACCACUGGCACCGGCUCUGACCUGGACAGUGACGCAGAGAGCGACAGGGACAAAACGAAAGAUAAGAGCAAACAAAUUGAGAGCAAACCAGACUUUGUCAGCAGCUCUGUGUCUGCAAGCUCCACCAACAAUACCAGUGAGAUCCCUCUCUUCUAUUCUCAGCAUUCCUUCUUUCCUCCCCCAGAAGAGCACCUGCUACCCACCACAGGAGCAGCCAAUGACUCUAUUAAAGCCAUCGCCUCCAUUGCAGAGAAAUAUUUUGGGCCUGGCUUUAUGGGGAUGCAGGAGAAAAAGAUGGGUUCACUCCCGUAUCAUUCCAUGUUUCCAUUUCAGUUCCUCCCCAAUUUCCCCCAUUCCCUCUACCCUUUCACGGAGCGGACCCUCAAUCACAACUUGCUGGUCAAGGCAGAACCAAAGUCACCCCGGGACCUCCACAAGGUAGGCAGCACCAGCUCGGAGUCGCCCUUCGAUCUCACCACAAAGCCAAAAGAGAUAAAGCCAAUCCUGCCACCACCUAAGGUCCUGCCAGCCCCAUCCUCAGGGGAAGAACAGCCACUGGAUCUGAGCAUUGGCAACCGCAUCCGAGCCAGUCAGAACGGAGGAAGAGAGCCACGCAAAAACCACAUUUAUGGGGAGAGGAAACUAAUGGCAAGCGAAGUCUUACCCAAGAUUUCCCAGUCUCAGCUGCCUCAGCAACCAUCCCUGCAUUAUGCUAAGCCAUCACCCUUUUUCAUGGACCCCAUAUACAGCAGGGUGGAGAAGCGGAAGGUGACAGACCCUGUGGGUGCCCUCAAGGAGAAGUACCUGCGACCCUCCCCGCUGCUAUUCCACCCCCAGAUGUCAGCCAUAGAAACGAUGACAGAGAAACUGGAGAGUUUUGCAGCCAUGAAGGCAGACUCUGGCACUUCCCUGCAGCCCCUUCCACAUCACCCUUUCAACUUCCGAUCUCCACCACCCACGCUAUCCGACCCCAUCCUGCGCAAGGGCAAGGAGCGUUACACCUGCAGGUACUGUGGUAAGAUCUUCCCACGCUCAGCAAAUCUGACAAGACAUCUGCGGACGCACACUGGAGAACAGCCCUACAGGUGUAAAUACUGUGACAGGUCAUUCAGCAUUUCCUCCAACCUCCAGCGGCACGUUCGAAACAUCCAUAACAAGGAGAAGCCAUUCAAAUGCCACCUGUGUAACCGAUGCUUUGGGCAGCAGACCAACUUGGACCGACAUCUUAAGAAACACGAACACGAGAAUGUUCCAGUGAGCCAGCACUCUGGAGUCAUUACAAACCACCUUGGGACCAGUGCCUCUUCCCCAAACUCGGAGUCAGACAACCAUGCACUUUUAGAUGAAAAAGAGGAUUCGUAUUUCUCUGAAAUCAGAAAUUUUAUUGCAAAUAGUGAAAUGAAUCAAGCAUCAACUUUAGCAGAUAAAAGGCCAGAAAUCCAGGAUAUUGAUGGCAAUUCCCAGUGUCAUGGAUUAUCAAAUGAGAAAACAGAAGAUGUGGAUGAUGAAGAUGAAGAACUGGAAGAGGAAGACGACGACAGCCUGACAGGGAAGUCACAGGAUGAAACAGUAUCACCCACCACAGAGCCCCGAGGAGCGUAUGAGGAUGAAGAAGAUGAAGAGCCCACAUCUCUCAACAUGAGCUUUGACCACACCCGAAGGUGUGUUGAGGAGGACGAAGCCGGCUUGUUAGAUUUGGAGCAGAUGCCGAAUUUUGGGAAGGGGCUGGAUCUUCGCAAAGCAGCCGAGGAAGCAUUUGAAGUUAAAGAUGUGUUUAAUUCCACCUUAGACUCUGAGACAAUAAAACAGACUCUGUACAGGCAGGCUAAAAACCAGGCUUAUGCAAUGAUGCUGUCCCUGUCUGAGAACGCUCCCCUCCACGCGUCCUCCCAGAACUCUCUGGGUGCUUGGUUGGACAUGGCAGGAGCAGCUUCAGAGUCGGGGACCUUUAACCCUAUCAACCACCUCUGA